CGGCUAUAAGUGCGAGUGGUGGGGUUCCCUGGCUGUCGGUGAGGAGUUCUAGCUGUGUGUCCUGCCCGCGGGGUGUCGGUCCGGCCCGGCCAUGUCUGACCCAGCUCCGCAGCCUGCUCCCGGGGCCCCCGAAGGGGGAGCCCCCGAAGGAGGAGCUCCUGAAGGGGGAGCCCCCGGUGCAGGCCCCCCCGGGGCUCCCCCUAAUCUGAGCAGUAAUCGCCGCCUGCAGCAGACCCAGGCCCAGGUGCAGGAGGUGGUUGAUAUAAUGUGUGUAAAUGUAGACAAGGUGCUGGAACGAGACCAGAAACUGUCAGAGCUAGAUGACCGGGCAGAUGCACUUCAGGCCGGUGCCUCAAUAUUUGAAAGUAGCGCAGCAAAACUCAAAAGGAAGUACUGGUGGAAGAACUGUAAGAUGAUGAUCAUGAUGGGAGUGAUUGGUGCCAUUAUUGUGGUGGUGAUUGGAAUCUACUUUUUUACUUAAAUGUAGCUCCUUCAGUCUGCAACCUACUGUCCCCUAUCACCUUGCCUGUCUAUUCUUGCCUCCAAAUCUUUAAUUUCCUUCCCUUUUCUUCCCUUUCCUUCCCUUUCACCUAGCUUCUUCAUUGAUUUCUUUAUUGGUUUUAAUCUGUCUUCCGUAUAGGACUCUGAGCUGCUUACCAAACAUUGCUAGACUUUUCAACAGUUGCUGCAGCUUUAGGGAGGGUCCUCUAUGUUUAGAGGAAAGGGAAAUAAGGAGGAGUGGGUAGCUAUUUGCUUCUGCUCUUCUGCAGGGAAUUUUGGGGGUUUAUUUUCAGCUGUGAGCUUGUCAAAUAGUGCCUGUGUGAACUCUUGCAAAAUAAGAAUGCCUUAACGCAGUGCCUUUGGGGAUGAAGGACUUCAGCAUGUGAGAUUCUUUAGUAUUCUGCCUAAAAAGAGUGGCAGCAUGACUUGAGCUUUUCACUGAGUUUCUGAGAUAGAGGCUAGUUAGUGAUAGCCAGUGACUGUGAGCCGUCUGACUAAGCUAGACAUAGUGAUGUAGAUUUCUCUAGCCAUGGAGAGAUGAGCACUUAAAUGAUUUAUUCUGCCUGUCCUUAUUUUCAGAUGACUUGAUGUCUGAACAUGGCCAUUUCAAGUUUUAUAAAGGCGAGCCUACAUGAUUACCUCAGUCAAGUGCAACAGGCUAAACACAGUUAAGUGAAAGGAGCAUUGUUAUUAUCUAAAAGGCAUGUGUAAGAGUAAAGUCUCUCUCCAGAAAGAACAAAAGAACAAUAAUUAGUCUGGUGGGAGUUGUCAAAUACUCCUUUCAUCUAUGCACACACAAGCCAGGACCCUGUAGCUUUCUACUAUCUUGUAGCUUUCUUGAAGGAAGACUUUGGGGCAGAAUGGGAACGGGUGUUUGCUUUUGUGUUACUGGGUUGGAUGUCAAAGGAAGCUCACUGCUGUAGCAAAUGGAGGUGAAGGGGACUGGUGAUAUUCCAGAUGAAACUGAAUGGGCUGCGCAGCUUUCUGAUUAAGAGUAUCUGUUCCAUUUCUGCUGCCACGAAACACUAACUUUCAGCAGCAGUAGGAAAAUACUUGAAAUGGUUACCUAGGGAUUCAAAGGGAAAUGCUGCUUUAGGCGUGGAUAUUGCAAAGUGACAGCAGAUGUUUGGCAACUUAGGUCUCUAGAGAUCUAUCAGGCCGAAAUCCUCCUACUUGCUAUGGAUUCUCCUGAAUUUAGAUCCAGGGUGGUCUCUGCUGUAAGUGAACUUGCAGUGUGGAAUGCUCUGUCAUUCUGUAAGGAAUCCCCUUGUUCUUCUCCAUCAAAAGUAACAAGAGCUGUGAAUUGCUUCAAUGUGUUGUCAGACAUGGCAUUAAAUGAGCUGCCCUGUUUCUAUAGAGUCUUCCAAGGAAUGUGUAUCUUGUCUUUUUUUUUUUUUUUUUUAAAUCUGAGCUGUAGCCUGUAAUCUAGACUGGAAAGAGGGUGCUCCUUUAAUUUAGAGAGCUCUACUUCUGUUCUAGAAUACACUGGAAUCUGUUUAGACAUGAGAGGAGAUGGGGAGAACAUCACCAGAGUUCCUAGAUGGAAGCAAAGUACAAAAGAUGGGAGGAGCAGAUGUUUUUUGUUUCAUUCGGUGUGCUGGGGAAGCCCCUUUCUUCCUCACAGGGCAUCUGGCAAGGGGUUAGGUUUUGCAUGCUCACUUCCAUGCCCCAGCAUUUCAUUUGCUCAAGUUCAUCUCCCUGCAAUUCCAUUCCUAUCCACCUUGGGGGAGGGCAGAGAUGAAGAUCUGGAGUGAAGCAGCCCACGUCCCCUGAGCACUUCCCUAAUUCCCUGUGGAACUGAGAUGUGAUGGAUGGUCGGAAGUGCAUCUACUGAAGAGGAGCCAGGGCCUGCUUGUGCUACUUACUGCUGUCAUUUUAGGGGGUAGGCAUACAAGCUUGGGGCCCCCAGACCAGCAAUUCUCUCGAACUCUUCUAAACAAGCCUUUGGUGCCCCAUUCCUCCUGUCUGUCUGGGGGCUGAGGUUCCCCCUAGGCUGUCUCUUUCAUUUCUUUCUCUUAGAUGUUGUAUGUUGCCUCCUCCUGUGCUCCCUUUCCCCUCCUUUGUCUCUGUGCAUGGGCAAAACAAAUCACCAAGGCCCUCUGAGUAAAAGCAAGGGACUCUGCUGCCCGCUGCAUUACAGCCACUUAUGCACGUGCAGUUUAUUUAUUUAAUUUAUAAACACAACUGUAAUCUCCUCUGGCAUGUUCUAGAAAUCAGCUCAUGUACUUUUAAUGGUCUCUAAGAAACACAAUUCACCACCUUA